UGCCAAACUCCCCCAAGGGGUGCUCCAAACCUCCCUCACCGUCACUCUUGCUGGCUGGCUCGCUCGAGAUACUGUGUCCAAUCUCAUCUACACAGUCUAUCCCAUCCAGUCUUGCUCUCUGACUCCGGACGCCCCGGAUACGAGCGUGCCUGCGCGCUUCCCGCAUCAUCUGUCCUGAACGCUUCGAUACCCCACCAUAGCGCUCACCUCCUUUUCCUGCCAUUGUCCCACGCUGCGCUCCAAUCCGUGACCACAACAUUCACCAGAACCUACACCCACACCCACACCCACGCACCAUGUUCUCUUCCUUCACCUCCUCCUCCGCCAUCUCCAACCUGGGCACUCGGCUGCGUCGCGCGAUCAACCUAGGCGACGAGGCGGACGACCCGGACCACGAAGACUGCUCGCACAUCUCCAGCGUGCUGCGCGCCUACUACACUGAGAAGGGACGGCCAUACCCGGGCUGGCUUCCACCUGACCCGAAAGCCCCCGCGCCCGCGCCCUCCCGGGUCAUCGCGACGACUCAGAUCCAGGCCGGCGGCGGCGGCGGUGGCGCGCCCGCAGCGGCGUCGUCGUAUGGCCGCGGUGGCGGUCUAGGCGAUUUGUGGGGAGACUCGGGUUCUGCGACGCCCCCGACCUCCCAGACAGCCAGCCUGCGACGAGGCCGACUGGCGCCCGGCGGCGGUAUGGGGGGCGCUCCCCUGGCGGCCACGGCGAGCGCACCAUCGGGCCCGAUCCCUUCCCCUCACAGUCACUCGCCCGCACCCCCGGCGCAUCCGGCCGGCGGACGGCCGCUGCCUAGCCAGCGACUCGGGUCGUAUCAGACCAUCUCGGGACCGGCUGGCGGCAGUGGGAGUCCAGGACUAGAGCGUGCGGCGUCGGCUCAAGAGCGACUCCGCGCGCGUCUCCAUGGGGGCCGGUCUCCCAGUCCCGGGCAGAAUCCGGGCAGUCGGCCGGGUUCGCCCUACGUAGCGGAUCCUAGCGCACGAAAACCGGUAGGCAUCCUGCCGGGUCGACGAUAAUGGACGGGACGGGGGGGGAAAGGGAGUUUAGCCUAAU